GCCAAGAUGCAUACGCAACAACCCUCUCGCAAUGCAAUAACCACCUAUUCGUAGCUGCUGGCAACUUUCGAUGCCUCCGAAUCAGGACAUCCAAUUCUCAUCGACAACCUCAUUUUCGAGCCUUCCGUCGCAGCGUCGCGCAUGUAUGACCGAGUUGAUCCGCCACGUCGCUUCGUCCUCUUGCAACGGUUUUACCCAAGCGCCCUCAGUUUUCAUGCUCCAGCGGUCUCGGCCCUUCUUUGUCAUAUGCACAACGCGACGAUACGGACUGGGAGAGCUCUUUCUGAGAAACUGAGCUGAGAAGGGCAAGAGGCGAAUGUAGUGCAAGCUCAGGCUUGGCCUGGAGGGAAAGGGCAACACCGGUAUCUCGCGCUGCACACGCUAAGACGAGACGCUAAAAGCGAAAGCCUUCGGCCGUCUCUACCAUCUGGACAUCUCACCCAUGCGGGAUGCCUCCAUCAACUCCAUAUCACGCGGCCGAACCCCCAGACUCGCCCAGCGACGACUCAGAAUCCGACCUUGAUAUUGAUCUCGAAGAGCUCGACCCGCAGCCUGUCUCCACCGCCGAUCAGUCCACGAGGAGGGGUCUACUAAGGCAAAAUCGAGAAGACGCUACCGCCGAACAAACAGCCCCGAGAAUCGCUCUUCGCACGCUUCGCAUGGGUGGGCUACGACGAACUGCAAAACGCAAUGCAUACGGAGAGCUGGGUCGUGGCCAUGACGGCGGCGAUGAGGACGCCGAGGCGCUGCUAAGGGACCAGGACGAGAGCAGCCGGCGCCAUUCCGACGCCAGCGCUGCCGGCCGUGACGAUGCUCCGCUGCUCAGUGGGCAGGGCCCCAGCUCCAGUACCGCCAAGCGCCGGCAACCGUACGCCAACGACGGCUUAAGGAUCCUCGGCCUGAGGCUUCCCAGUUUUAUGUCGUCGUCCGCCCGAGACCAGAGCAACCAUGAUGAGGAAUUAGACAAGGAGGAAGACGAUCCGUCGGCUUCGAGACUCAUUGCUGUCGGAUCAUCCCAGUCAAUACGCUUCCCGCCCAAUGUCAUCUCCAAUGCCAAGUACACGCCCUGGAGUUUCCUGCCCGUUACGCUCUACAACGAGUUUUCUUUCUUUUUCAACAUGUAUUUCCUUCUGGUAGCGCUCUCGCAGGCGAUCCCGGCAUUACGCAUCGGCUACCUCUCGACAUAUGUUGCCCCGCUAGCAUUUGUGCUGGUCAUCACCCUUGGAAAAGAGGCCUACGAUGAUAUUGAGAGACGGAGAAGGGACAAUGAGGCCAACUCCGAGCAGUACACGGUGCUAAAUUUUGAGGACUCCCGGAAGGGUAUCGGAAGCAUCCGGCCAAGGAAGAGAAUGAAGUCCUCCCAUGUGCGGAAAGGGUCCAAGCGUUUCGCCCCAGAAACAGACAGGCUGUCAGAUAUCCAGGAGGAGGAAGAGCAGACCCAGAGCGACGGUACGCCGAAAGCUCCGUUAUGGCGUGUUUCCGAAAUCAGCAAAAAGUCUCGGGACCUCAAGGUCGGAGACGUGCUAAAGCUCAGCAAGGGACACCGUGUGCCAGCCGACGUCAUCAUUUUGAAGUGUUUGUCGAACGAUCCCGCCGGUCGCAAACCCGAGGAACCGGCGGUCGCGCCGAAAGAGGAGGCAUUGCUGCUGGAUCACGACCCAGGGGAAGGCAGCUCGGCGGGCGCGGCGUCAGAGGCUGAUAACCUUCACGAGGCUGCCGAAGGUAGUUCAAACGGGGAGACAUUUAUCAGAACAGACCAGCUGGACGGUGAGACUGACUGGAAGCUACGACUUGCAUCUCCACUCUCACAGAAUCUGGCCACUGAGGAGUUGGUCUGCCUCCGAGUCACUGGCGGCAAGCCAGACAAAAAGGUAAAUGAGUUCGUGGGCACCCUGGAGCUAUUACCUUCCAGGGAGGACGUCAUGAGCACCACCGCAUACUCGCAAGCCAGUGAUGGCCCGGUGAAAGCGGCGCCGCUGUCGAUUGAUAACACUGCAUGGGCCAAUACCGUCAUCGCGUCCCAUGCCACAACCCUAGCCGUCAUUGUUUACACGGGGCCUCAGACGCGCUCAGCCUUGUCCACUGCACCGUCUCGCUCCAAGACUGGUCUCCUGGAAUAUGAGAUCAACUCACUGACCAAGAUACUCUGCUUCCUCACACUUGCUCUGUCCAUCAUCCUGGUCGCCCUUGAAGGAUUUGGCAAUACCCAGGGCAGCAUUUGGUACGUCAAGAUUAUGAGGUUCCUGGUCCUAUUUUCGACCAUCGUACCCAUCAGCCUGAGGGUCAAUCUCGAUCUUGGCAAGAGUGUCUACUCUUGGUUUAUCCAAAGGGAUCCGGGAAUACCCGGUGCCGUUGUGCGGACCAGCACCAUCCCAGAGGACCUCGGCCGGAUCGAAUAUCUACUCAGUGAUAAGACGGGGACCUUGACCCAGAAUGAAAUGGAGAUGAAGAAGGUCCACGUGGGCACGGUAUCAUACGCCAACGACGCGAUGGACGAAGUUUCAACCUACGUGAGACAAGGCUUUCAUUUACCACCUUCAGUCAACGGAUCAGACAGCGCGACGCUUGCCACUCCAUCGUCGUCGCAUUCAACGGCAGCAGCAAACGUGGGAGCGACAAGGACCCGCCGAGAGAUUGGCUCCCGCGUGCGCGAUGUUGUGCUUGCGCUUGCCCUGUGCCACAACGUAACCCCAACCACCGAAGAGGAGAACGGCCAAAUGGUGAGAUCAUAUCAGGCCAGCUCGCCAGAUGAGAUUGCCAUUGUGCGCUGGACUGAAUCGGUUGGCCUUCGUCUGGCAUAUCGUGACCGCAAAGGAAUGUCCCUCGAGUCCCCCGAGACCGGCCGGACCGUGGUCAAAGUCCGCAUUUUGGACAUUUUCCCUUUCACCUCUGAAGGCAAGCGCAUGGGUAUCAUAGUGCAAUUCUACGAGAAGCUGCAACCUGGCGUGCCAAGCAUCGGCACUGGCGAGAUUUGGUUCUACCAGAAAGGCGCAGACACCGUCAUGGGUUCCAUCGUCGCAGCCAACGACUGGCUAGAAGAAGAGACGGCAAACAUGGCCCGUGAAGGCCUUCGGACUCUCGUUGUAGGCAGGAAACGCCUGUCGACAGCUGAGUACCAGGAAUUUGCCGCCAAGUAUCAGGAGGCAUCCCUGGCCAUCAGCGGUCGUGAGGCCGGAAUGCAGGCCGUCGUAUCACGGUACCUCGAGCAUGACUUGGAGCUGCUUGGCGUUACCGGCGUAGAAGAUAAGCUGCAAAAAGACGUAAAGCCGUCGCUGGAGCUUCUUCGCAACGCUGGGAUCAAAAUCUGGAUGCUCACCGGCGAUAAAGUCGAGACUGCACGCUGCGUGGCAGUUAGCUCAAAACUGGUUGCCCGGGGGCAGUAUAUUCACACAAUAGCUAAACUCCGCCGGAAAGAUGCAGCUCAAGAGAACCUCGACCUCCUGCGGAGCAAAACGGACUCCUGCCUACUGAUCGACGGCGAGAGUCUCGGCAUGUACCUGACGCAUUACAGGACCGAGUUUAUCUCGGUCGCCGUCCUGCUCCCAGCCGUAGUAGCCUGUCGGUGCUCGCCCACGCAAAAAGCCGAGGUGGCCAGGCUGAUCAAGGAGUACACAAAGAAGCGCGUAUGCUGUAUCGGCGACGGCGGCAACGACGUGUCCAUGAUCCAGGCCGCCGACGUUGGCGUGGGCAUUGUCGGCAAGGAAGGCCGCCAGGCCAGUCUCGCCGCCGACUUUUCCAUCGAGCAGUUCCACCACCUGACCAAGCUGCUUGUGUGGCACGGCCGCAACAGCUACAAGCGGAGCGCCAAGCUGGCCCAGUUUGUCAUUCACCGCGGUCUGAUUAUUGCCGUUUGCCAGACCAUGUACAGUAUUGCCCUCAAGUUCGAGCCUGAGGGUCUUUACAAGGACUGGCUAAUGGUAGGCUACGCAACUGUUUACACCGCCGCGCCCGUCCUGUCCCUCGUGUUGGAUAAGGACGUGGAUGAGAACCUGACCAAUCUGUACCCGGAACUGUACAAGGAACUGACGUCUGGCCGCUCGCUCUCGUACCGCACGUUCUUUGUCUGGGUGUUUGUGUCCAUCUACCAGGGCUGCCUGAUCCAGGGCCUGUCGCAGGUCCUGACCGAGGUUGAUGGUCCUCGCAUGGUGGCCGUCAGCUACACAGUGCUGGUGCUCAACGAGCUGCUCAUGGUUGCCAUUGAGAUCACGACGUGGCACUGGGUCAUGGUGGUCUCGAUCCUGGGGACAUUUCUCAUGUUUAUCGGGUCCAUACCGUUCCUGGGGCGGUAUUUUGAUUUGGGGUUUGUGUUGACUGUGGGAUUCUACUGGCGUGUCGCUGCCAUCGGCGCCAUGUCGCUGAUUCCUGUGUAUGCGGCCAAGGUCAUCCAGAGGACGAUGAAGCCGCCUUCGUACCGGAAGGUUCAGGGGAUCUGAGCGGUUGGACGGGGGUUAGAGUCAAGGCAUUGGGUGGCGUUGGCGGCUAGAGCAUUGCAAUUGGUUAGCAAUUGGAAGUUCGUUGUGGAUUCUGCGCAUGGGUUUAAACCCGGGUUCAUGUGUCAUGAUACUUAAAGGUGUAGCUUUGAUAGCGAUCUUGACAUUGAUCCGCGUAUAUCUAUGCACC